CGUGGUCCGAGCAGAGCAGAACGUCUGAGAGCAGAACAGUGAGCGAGCGCGGCGGGCCGAUCAUGAGCGACUUCCUUCCUCCGCUGGGACACUAACAUGGAGUUAGGGGCUUAUAAAUGCGAGCGAACGCGCUUCUCGACGGUCACAUCUGCAAUCUGCCGGAACGCGCGAGAACUCCAGCGAAUUAGAUAACGGACACGACCGAGUGCUACGAUGCUGUUGGUCGUGGCGUUGGUUUUUUUAAGCGGGGCGGCCGCCGACGUGAACCGCAACGACGGACACUGCAUUGAGGACCGGUGUUUUACGGCGUUUGAAGCUCCCAACGACUUCACGACCGCCCAAGGAGUGUGUGAGAGUCUAGGAGGUCACUUAAUGACAGUGCGCUCCUCUGCGGCUAAUGAGAUUAUUAAAAUAUUGCUCGCAACCGUUACUGGCAACUACUGGAUCGGCCUACGUCUACCGGACGGUUGCCCGGACGACGCCACGGAGCUGAAAGGCUUCCAGUGGGUCACCAACGACCGCAACGGCGACUUUUCCGCCUGGGAGCCGGGUUUUGACGGCGGCUGCUCUUCUCCUCUCUGCGUCUCAGUCUCCAAAGGAAGGGACUUUAAAUGGACUCAAGGGGCCUGUGGCGAAUCGGCGGACGGCUUUCUCUGCGAGCACAGCUCACGUGAAACCUGUACGACCCUCACAGAUGCCGCGCAGUCCGUCACGUACAGGACUCCGCUCGGGUUCGUGCGCGAGGAUCCGCUGUCUUUGCCACCCGGAAGCGUCGCAGUCCAGAGGCCUUCUGGGAGCAAGUACAUCUGCGACUCGGGACAGUGGCUGCAGGGGCCCUGGAGCUGCGAGGUAGAUAACGGGGGGUGCGAGCACACGUGCACGACGCACCACAAAAAGGGCCCGUCCUGCUCCUGUCCGCCGGGGGAAGUAGUCAACGCCUCCAACAAAAUCACGUGCCAAAUGGUCGCAGACGACCCGUGCGCGCCCCUGCACUGUGCCCAUGAGUGCCAGCACGACGGGGAGUCCCACGCCUGCGCGUGUAAACGCGGCUUCCAGCUGGGCACGGACAACAGGUCCUGCCACGACUUGAACGAGUGCGAGGACCGGCGUCAGUGUCCGCCGACCUUCAGGUGCGUCAACACCGUAGGCGGCUUCGAGUGCGUCUGCGACCCCGGGUACAAGUUGACCGCGAGCCGGUGCGUCGACGAGGACGAGUGCGAGUCCGCUCCCUGCGAGCACACGUGCGUCAACACGCCGGGCAGCUACAAGUGCACGUGCGACCCUGGAUACGUAGUGGACCCAGAGUCACCAAGCACCUGCCGGCUUCACUGCGGAGCAGCGGAAUGUCCCGCGGAGUGCGACCCGAACGACGACUCCCAGUGCAACUGCCCCGAUGGCUUCAUAGCAGAGGAACGAGACGAGGGGGUGUUUUGCCUAGACAUCGACGAGUGCGAUUCUGAACAAUGCGAUCACGGCUGUAAAAACACGUUCGGCGGCUACGAGUGCACGUGCUAUCCGGGAUUUACGCUGGUCAAAAAGUACAAGUGCGUGCGAUCCGAGGAUCAUACGGACGGAGGCGAAAGCCCCGCGCGCACCCCCACAACUACGUUUUUACCACCUCCAGAGCCAACGAGGGGGCCCUCGGCGGUGUCCGUGGGGGGUCUCGUGGGGAUAAUCCUGUGCACAGUCUUCUUCGUCCUGCUGCUGGUGUUUCUGGUGCAUCAUAUUUGCAACCGCGGAGAGAAGACGGAGAGCGCCGGGGAGCUCAAAACCCCCGAGGGAGAGAGUCACGGUUUGGAGCGAGUGGCGACUGAUAAGUGAUGAGAGGGGCGAAAGAGACAGAAGCAGAUGAAGCACGACACGUGAAUGUACGCAAGCGUCUGCAGACUUUACAGAACGAAGGACAUGGAUGUGGCUGAUGCAGGGCACGAACAACGGAAUUAUUAAACAACUACAGUUCUUUUAGAUGAAGACCAGUCACUUUGCAAGACAACUAGCACAAUAUAACAGGCACGACAAAGAACUGUGUUUUUAUUGCGCUGGUACAUGAUUAAAACAAGGUGAACGCGUGAA